AUGCCGUCCUUUGUCACCGCUUUCUCUCCUACAGUCAAGCCUGCCAGUGUCUGUCAAGUGAGCAAAACCUCCCAGGGCAGCAAUAUUGGCCCUCCACGUGAUGAUGAAUUUCACGUUAUGGAACGCUUCGCCAAUCAUGCAGUCAAUUGUUCGCAAUGCGCUCGGCCAUAUGCUACGAUUAGACAAGGAGAAGCACUCUGUCCCCGUGGUGCCCGUCAUGUGUCCACAAUGGCUCAGUAUAUCUACAGCUUCGACGGUAAAGCCUAUUCAUUGAUGGCAAGGAAAAUGGGAACCGUUCAAGAAAUUGCCAUUCCACCAUCUCUCGCCAUCGUUGCCGACUUGAUGCGCGCAUUACAGCACGGAUUAAAUGUCAAGAAGGCCCAGGCUGCAGUGAUUGUUCACAAUGAAGAAAACAACGCCUCAGGAAUGCUCAUUGCUCCCACGCCAAACAAAGAUUCCUCGCGCAGUGUCCAGGUAAUUCAACACAACCGCGGCUCUAAGCAACGAGAGGGCGCCUACGUUCGUGGCACGUUGUUCGACAAUGACGUGGUUCACAAAAAACCUCGCGAGAACCUUCAACCCGGUCAAGUAAGACCUCGCCAUGGAUCCCUUAGAUGA